AUGAACACUAUACCGUCAGAGAUACUGCAGGAUGUAUUUCGUAAAUGUGAAUCAGCAGGCGACUUAAUCAACUGCGCUCUUGUCUGCAAGCGCUGGAGUUGUCUGGCAUUGGAAAUACUAUGGUACAAACCCACUUUCCAUGUGCGCUUGCCGACGUCGUCCAAUGCAUGGAUCACCUUUUUCACCAUCAUCCAAGCAACCCAACAGACGGCAUUUCCAUAUGCUUCCUUUAUACGCCGUAUCAAUCUGUCGCCUCUCUCCAUUCUGAUUGAGGAUUUACAUGUCAUGACGUUACGAUCCUGCAAACGCUUAGAGCGGCUCACUUUGGCUGGCUGUUCCAAACUCACUGAUAUUGGGUUAUGCACACUCAUACAUGAGAUUGGGUCUAAACUAGUCUCGCUCGACCUCAGCGAUGUAUAUCAAGUUACCGAUGCGACUAUCACGGAAGCAGCUACAUCAUGCCCUCAGCUACAAGGCUUCAAUCUGAGCAUGAGUCGAUUCCAUCACAGCAUUACUGAUGCCAGUGUCACGUUACUAGCAGCACAGUGUACCCAUUUGAAGAGAAUCAAACUCAACAAUUGCGCGCAUGUAUCGGAUCAAUCCGCCAUUGCCCUGUCAAUGCACUGUCCGAGACUAAUUGAAGUCGAUUUUAUGAACUGCAACAUUAGCAAUCAAGCACUGAUAUCGAUAUUCAACAAUAACCGAGAGCUGAGGGAACUUCGACUGAGCCAUGCAGACAAUGCCAGCAUACAGAUUGACGACACGGCAUUUACAAGUGCAUCACUGCUACACCAGCAGCCAUACUAUCAGCAACUGCGGCUUGUGGACUUUACUGGCAUCUCGCCUAUAACUGACAUUUCCAUCGACAUACUGGUACAAGCAGCACCGAAAAUCCGAAGUCUGGUUCUCAACAAAUGCUCGCUAAUCACAGAUCAUGGUGUGCUGGCAAUCAGUAAAUUAGGUCGCUAUCUGCACUUUUUACACUUGGGCCAUUGUUCAAAUAUUACCGAUACAUCCAUCCAGCGUCUUGCCCUCGUCUGCCCGCGUCUUCGCUAUUUAGACAUGGCCUCUUGUACCAACAUCACAGAUGCAUCCAUUGUUGAACUAGCUAAACAUUUACCCAAACUGAAACGCAUUGGACUUGUCAAAUGCGGCCGCAUUACAGACGCAGCCAUUCAAUCACUGUCCAAUCACUCUCGCAUUACCAACAGCAUAGAGCGUAUACACUUGAGUUUCUGCUCUCGUCUCAGCGUGCAGGCCAUCACAGAACUGUUGAACAAAUGUCAGAGAUUGAGUCACUUGAGCCUUACACAUGUGCCGUCGUUUAUGCGAGAGGAUUUGCAGCAGUUUUGUAGGCCCCCUCCCAAAGAUUUCACAGAACUACAACGAAAUGCAUUCUGUGUUUAUAGCGGUAUAGGCGUACAACACCUGAAAGAGUACCUGAAUGUAAUGCAACUUGAGCAAGCAUUCGACCACGAGCCGCUGGAUGAUCAGCAGCAACAAGCAGACUACAGCCCUACUGACGACAGGAUGCUAGAAUGA